GGGGUUUUAAGGUGAAGGCAUGACGUGGCGAGAGGUAAAGACUAGCAGAAUUUCCCCUGAUAUGUGAGGGUAGAUACUACACGGUUUUGGUCGACGGUGGAAAGACUACAGGACAGUGAGCACCUCAACAAUGGCCUCCAGAGGUGUAAUACUCGUAUACACCGGCGCUGGAAUUCUUUGUUUGGGGUUGAUCAGCAGUACAUACUUCUACCGUGACCUCGUCUGGGACAAACGCAGUGUUGACCUCACGCGCCCACGAUAUUUUAUUCCUAAGUACAUUAGCAUCACAAACACGUCAGUAAAUCUACAAGGAGUGUUAUUUAAAUAUUUAACAGAUAUGGACCGUGAUGUCACCGUACAGAUUAAGGACCAGUUGUUCAAGAACGUGAUCCGGCCUUCAAUAGCAACAAAAGCACACUUCCGUUAUGUACCCAGGAGGGUUGGCACCGCUAACUGUAAAUUACUUAUAGACGGGGAUCAAAAGACAAUAUCCAAAGCCAAGAUCAGCCACGUUAGGCCUCCCCUUAAUAUCAGCGUUGCCACUGAAAAAUGUGACGCUUUUAAAAUAGAGAAAGGUUAUAUAACAGACUCUUUAAGUAAAGAGGAGAAGGAAUUUCCUAUUGCUUUCAGUAUAGUAAUGUUCAAGGAUGCCAAUCAGGUUGAACGUCUUCUCCCAAUCUACAGACCACAAAACUUUUACUGCAUCCACGUAGACACGAAAGCGCAACCGGAUGUCAGAAGGGCGAUGACGUCAUUGGGCAAGUGCUUUGACAAUGUGUUUCUAUCCUCACGUUCUGUGAGCGUCCAGUGGGGAAAAUUCACAGUUCUGGAACCUGAACUUAUUUGCAUGAAAGAUUUGUGGCAUCACAAGUGGAAAUAUUUCAUUAAUCUCACUGGACAGGAAUUCCCCUUAAAAACAAAUGCCCAGUUGGUGAAGAUUCUGAAAGCCUACAAUGGAGCCAAUGAUCUGGAAGGUACGAUAAAAAGAGCUAAUAAACACAGAUGGCGCCAUGCGGGACCGCCUCCUCACAAAAUCACCGCUGUGAAGGGAGCUGUCCACAUCGUCGCCAGUCGGGGGUUUGUAGACUACGUCUUGCACAACUCCACCGCUCAAGAUCUGUUGGAGUGGGUGAAGAAAACCGACGUUCCAGAUGAGACGUUUUUCUCCACUCUCAACCAUAAUCCACAACUAGGUGUACCUGGAGCUUAUAAGGGCUUGCUGGACAAACCAAACAAGCCAUUCCUUGCCAGGUUUAAGAGUUGGUAUGGAAGCAAAAUCGGCAACUGGUCUUGUACAGGCAAGCUUGUUCGCUCAGUGUGUGUGUUUGGCGUUGGGGAUCUAUCCGUACUGACCACCAGGCCAAACCUGUUUGCUAACAAGUUCUACUGGGACUUCCAGCCUCUUGCCCUGGACUGCCUCGAGGAGUGGAAUUACAACCGGACCAGGGACGAAUUCCCUCGGAGAGUACGCCUUUAACGCGUCCUAUUACAAAACACUGGAUUUUGUUAAGAAUAAAAUUGAAUGAAA